AUGUCGAAAUUCGUGAAAUUUUUAAAAGGUAUUCUAUCUAACAAAAGACAGAAGGACGACUUCGAGACUGUAGCAUUGACAGAGAAGUGCAACGCUCUACUCAUGGCAGAUAUUCCCCCAAAGCUCCAGGAUCCAGGAAGCUUUUCUAUAUCAUGUAAAAUUGGCCCUGAGCUCAUACAAAAGGCUUUCUGUGACUUGGGAACGAGUGUUAGCCUACUUCCAUACUCAUUAUUGGAAGACGUGCCAGUAGAGGUAGGUGGAUGCAUCAUUCCCACAGAUUUUAUUGUCCUGGACAUGGAGGAGGAUCCCAAGAUCCCAAUAAUCCUUGGAAGAUCAUUCCUCACCACCGCUGGAGCCCUCAUCUAUGUGAAAAAUCACAAGUUAUCCAUGGAGAUCGGCAAAGAAAGGUUGGAAUUCGAUUUAUCUGAUUCUCCUAAUUGUGUCUCCUCUUCUCAGGGAAAUUCUAGCAAGAUGAAUAUACACAAAGUUGAGGAAUGCAGUUUCCAAGAGAUGUCGCCUCCAACAAGAAAAGAGAAGUGA